CCAGUCUUCUUCUUCAUCUGUCUCGCUCUCCUCUGCACUGCUCGCUCGCCCCUCUCUCUCUCUCUCUCUCUCUCUCGCUCGGUGCUGACAGACGGAGGGAUAGAAGAGGCGAGAGAGCGGGCGAGCGAGGGAGGAUAGACAGAUAGACGAACGAGGAGAGAGAGAGAGAGGGGGGGAGGGUGACACAGAGAGAGAGAGAGAUCGAGCAUGAGUGUGUGAGUGUGUGUGUGGAAAUGAGUGUGUGUGAGUGUGUGUGAGUGUGUGUGUGUGUGUGUGUGUGGAUAUGGACUGCCUCUGCAUUGUCACCACCAAGAAGUAUCGUUACCAAGACGAUGAGACUCCACCCGUCGACCCCAGCCCCGGUCACAUGACCCACGGACGCAGCACCGAGCUGAGCCAUGCCCACCUGGAUGGAUACACACACCCUGCUGCACUCACUAUGAACGGAUCAGAAGGAGAGCUGGAGUAUGAAGAGAUCACACUGGAGAGGGGUAACUCUGGUCUGGGCUUCAGCAUCGCAGGAGGAACUGAUAAUCCUCACAUCGGAGACGACCCGUCCAUCUUUAUCACCAAGAUCAUCCCAGGAGGAGCCGCAUCCCAGGACGGACGCCUCAGGGUGAACGACAGCAUCGUAUUCGUUAACGACGUGGAUGUCCGUGAGGUCACUCACUCCAUCGCCGUGGAGGCACUGAAGGAGGCGGGGCCUGUCGUCAGGCUAUAUGUCCUGCGGCGACGCCCACCGAGCGAACGCAUCACACAAAUCAAACUGAUGAAGGGACCCAAAGGUCUGGGCUUCAGUAUAGCGGGCGGUGUGGGGAACCAACACGUCCCCGGAGACAACAGCAUCUACGUCACCAAGAUCAUCGAGGGCGGGGCUGCUCACCGUGACGGACGGCUACAGAUAGGGGACAAAAUACUGGCUGUGAACCACGUGUCUCUGGAGGACAUCCUGCAUGAAGACGCUGUGUCUGCCCUGAAGAACACAGGGGAGGUGGUGUACCUGAAGGUGGCCACACCCACCUCGCAGUACAUCCACCCUGCCGAUCGAUACAGCCCCCCCGACCUGACCAGCUCCUACAUGGAGCCGGACUACAUGUGUGAUUACCCACAAGCCCUCCCUCCUCCAUCACCACGGCGAUACUCGCCUAUCCCCCACGGCAUGAUGGGAGAGGACGACUACUCCCGGGAACCUCGCAGGGUCUGUGUGCAGCGCGGUUCCACCGGUCUGGGCUUCAACAUCGUGGGCGGAGAGGACGGAGAGGGAAUCUUCAUCUCCUUCAUCCUCGCAGGAGGACCAGCAGACCUGAGCGGGGAGCUCCGCAAGGGGGACCAGAUCCUCAGUGUAAACGGUGUGGAUCUCAGGUAUGCGACACAUGAACAGGCGGCAGCAGCUCUGAAGAACGCUGGACAGACCGUUACCAUAGUAGCACAGUACAGACCUGAGGAGUACAGUCGCUUUGAAGCGAAGAUCCACGACCUGCGGGAGCAAAUGAUGAACAGCUCGUCCGGCAGCCUGAGAGCCAACCGCAGCUUCUACGUCAGGGCGCUCUUUGACUAUGAUAAGCAGUGGGACUGUGGCGUCCUAUCACAGGCUCUGGACUUUAACUUUGGGGAGGUGCUCCACGUGACGGACAGCGCUGACGACGAGUGGUGGCAGGCCAGACGAGUGAACCAGCAGGGGGAGCUGGAGGAGCUGGGGUACAUCCCCUCGAAGCACAGGGUGGAGAGGAAGGAGUGGUCUCGUAUGAAGAGUAAAGGUCGAGAAGGUUUUGUUCACAGCUACGAGCUCAUCACUCAGAUCGAAGUGGACUAUGCUCGUCCUGUCAUCAUCCUGGGUCCGACCAAAGACCGGGUCAACGAUGACCUUCUGUCUGAGUUCCCGGACAAGUUUGGGUCCUGCGUCCCCCACACGACUCGCCCUCGGAGGGAUUAUGAGGUUGAUGGGCGGGACUACCACUUUGUGUCGUCACGGGAACAGAUGGAGCGGGACAUCCAAUCACAUCGCUUCAUUGAGGCCGGGCAGUACAACAACCACCUGUAUGGGACGUCAGUGCAGAGUGUGAGACAGGUGGCCGAGCAGGGGAAACACUGCAUCCUGGAUGUGUCGGCCAACGCCGUGAGGCGGCUCCAGGCGGCUCAGCUCCACCCCGUCGCCAUCUUCAUCCGACCGCGGUCGCUGGAAAACAUCCUGGACCUGAACAAGCGUCUGUCAGAGGACCAGGCGAGGAAAGCUCUGGACCGAGCGAUUAAACUGGAACAGGACUUCCUUGAGUGUUUCACAGCCAUCGUGCACGGCGACAGUUUUGAGGAGGUCUACCACCUGGUCAAAGCCGUAAUUGAGGAGCAGAGUGGCCCCUACAUCUGGGUUCCUGCCCGAGACAGACUCUGAUUGGCCCACUGGCUGCCACGAGCGCCGUAUCCAUGGAAACCGCCACCAACACCUCCUCCCCACAGCACCUCCCCUACCCCUCUCGGCGGCGUGACCUGAUGGAGAGCUGACAGUCUCUUCUACUGGAGGAUGAUGAGCGAGCUCAGUGAUUGGAUGGCUGCUGUAGCCAUGGCAACCAAGAGAUGUUUUUUUUAAGAAAAGGGUGAAGCUGUCUGUGUGUGUCUGUCAGAGAGACAGAUGAUUGAUUCUGUAUUGGUUCAAUAAUCCUGUAUUAUCAGUAAAUAAUGAAUCAGACUGUAGAGUUCAGUUGGUAUUGAAGUAUUUAUAUUAUCCUAUUUAUUUAUUGAUUUAUCUAUUUAUUUAUUUAUUCAUGUGAUGUGAAAAUGGUGAGUGUGUGUGUGUGUGUGAGUGAGUGAGUGAGUGAGUGAGUAAGUGUGUGUGUGCGUUUUUGUGUAGUGUACAUAAAGGCUUGUGUGACUGUAAAUAAAAUGAUGGGGCUCAAACACACAGUCUAUUCAGGGCUUAAAGUGUCAAACAACCACUGGACUACAACACCCACAAUCCUCUUCUGUUUGGACUACAAUACCCAGUAUCCCCUUUUGUUUGGACUGCAACACCCACAAUCCUCCUAGGUUUGGACUACAAAACCUACAAUCCUUUCUAACUGUUUUACAUCCAAACCAAACCUCUACGUGGACUACAAUAUUAUAUAUUUGGACUACAACUCUGCUUGGACUACAACACACAGAGUCCCCCUGUGUCUGGAUUACUACAAUUCCCACAAUCCUGUUUUUGCCUGGAAUACAACACCUUAAACCCCCCCCCCCCCUCAUCUCGACUACAACACCCACAAUCCACUUCUGUUGCAGUGGAUAGUUUGGACAGAUUUUAGCAGUCAAUGUCUCUGGUUGCUUAGCAAAAACAAGGAGGUAGAACUGAAACACUUCCAUUUUUAAAUAAAAGGCUAUGGACUACAUUACCCACAGUCCCAUGCUGUGGUGACAGAUUACACCACCUACAAAAAUCUACAGCAAAGGACUACAUUACCCACAAGUCCGAGCUUAAGAUCACUCCCCACAACCCCUGGCUGUGGGUCUAUGCUGCCAGGAUUCUGGACUACAGUACCCAUGAUUCUCUGCUGCUGAGCAGGACCAGAGGAAGGUGGGGGUGGGGCACGCUGUGGGUGGAGCUAAAGCUUCAGGCUCACAAAAACACCUGGGCAUGGUGGGGGCGGGGCAUGGUCAUUGAUGACCACUCCCACUCCUGUGUCCUUAACACAGGAGUCGAUUACCCACAGUGCUUUGGGAGAUUCCUAUCCUCCACGUCACCAUGGCAACUGAUUUCUGAUGUUCCAGUGGGUUUUUAGACUGAAAAUCAGGGUCAUGUGAAUAAUUAUAAUAAUUGUUAUACUAAAAAAUAAUCAAGAUUAUUGAUGAUGUGACAUCAUCACACACACAGACACAUAAACACACACAGUAGGGUUACCUGAGGUCGUCUUUUCUUUCUGAGCACUGACAGAAACACUAUGAAACCUGUGGCAUAUCUGAGUAUUUAUCACACACACACACACACACACACAGACAGACAGAGAGAGACACACACACACAGAGACAAACAGACAGACACACACACACACACACAGAGGAUGACUGGCUCGUUGUAUAAUGAUAUAAAUUAGUUAUAAAUGAAAUUCUUGAAAUACUGAAUAAAUAAAUUCCUUAUAAAAGCUGA